UUUUUUGAAGGCAAGGAAAAAACGUGCAGGACCCAAAUGCAGGGAAGCAGGGAGGCAAGGCAGAAGUCUCGAAAAUGAUAUUUGAUUCUACAUCAAAGGCAAACAAGGAUCAUGGAAAAAGCAAACUAGACAAAGUCCCAAAACUGAUCAUCAAAGUAACAAAGAAACACUUGAACAAACCUAAAACUGGAAAGAAGACAUGACAACUGAAACUACAGGCGACUUUGACAUGUGACACAGACCGACACAAUGACAUCUGACAAUGACAAUGAACCGACAAGAACUGAAAGAAACCAGCGAACUCAAUACAGAUUGCCGAGACAACGAGGAACACCUGGACAAGACACGAGUGGGUGGAGGGAGCUGAUUAGUCGACACAAGGCACAACUCUUAAACUCCAAGUUGUGAACCGAAGGAAUCGCUUUGGUGAGACUUUGCUCCAUGAAGCUGUACUUAAUGGAGAUAUUCAGCUGCUGAAAGACAUCCUAAAGCUUAGACCAAAUGUCAACAUGGCUGACCAUACAGGACGAACAGCCCUACAUGAAGCUGCUCUCCGUAAUCAGUAUGAGGCUUGUUUUUGUCUGAUUAAUGCUGGAGCUCUGGUCAACAUUGCAACACGAAAGAAAGUUACACCAUUGCAUGAGGCCAUCACAUUUGGCAAUAAAAGGGUAGAGGAGCUGCUGCUGAAACAUGGCGCACAUCCACUGUUGAAAACCAAGGAGGAAGAAACUAUAUUUGGCAUUCCUGAAGAAGGUUCUGGUCAAGUACAAGUGGCUAAAAUAAAACCUAAAGGCAACAGGCCGGUUGACACUGGAGGAGAAAUAAUAGCAGAGACCACCAAUACCGAACAAAACCAAGAUGUGGGCAUGGAAAUCCAUGAGGAUGUGCAGCUUCAUAAUGAAGAAGAGGUCCAAAAUGUAGGAUAUUAUCAAACACAUCACAACAAGGCUUUGGUUCCAAAAAAGAACCAGAGAAAGACAUCAACUAUUGCACCUUUACAACCCAGCGACCCCUCCUGGUUUCCUGGAAAAAAGGAGCUUCCUCAUCCGGCAAGCCAGCUGAUUUCGACACAAGCUGAUACCAGCUUCUUUUGGGGUCUUCCAGAAGAAGAGACAGACAGUUACAGUGAUCAAACGGUUGACUACCUUGGAGAGAGUUCUGAUGAGUUAGUGGACUGGGCCAUUAAAACCACACAAGAUUACUCAUCUUCAAGCAUUGUAGAAUUGGCUAAUUCUUAUACCUUCCCCACUGAAUGGUUUGAAAACAGAGCUGUUUUACAAGAAAAUUAGCCUUGCUGUAAUUUAAUUAUACGUACAGUAUACGGAAUAUUAGUUGCCCUCUGUUGUCACAUUUUACUGCAUGCAUUGUAGAGGGUACUUGUUGGGCAAAUCUAAUUGGUUCGUGUUAAUUGGAGUUCUGCCAUAAUUGAGGUGAAUUUCACUACAAUAACUUAGUUUGACUAGUUUUAUUGUCGCUGUAUUGUGUUUAUUGUAAUAUUUGUUUUUUUCCAAUCAACACUUUUUGAAGGUUGAUAAUUAAAGAAUUUCUC